CAAACAAUAAAUAUUCCAAACUUAAAGAUCUGCCAAUAUCAGUGAUCUAAAUAACGAUUACCCACCAAUAAAACUCACUAUGACCAACUGCCAAGCUAUUCCCAAUGCACACAAUGUCAACACUCCUUAUCAUGGAUACACACUUCCAAUGAUCCUUGCCUAGAAGAUCUGCAUGUGACUGCAAUGCUGCGUGAGCUACAAACCAUUGAGCACCGCUCCUCAUUGAGCACCACCGGAUUCGUCCAGGCUGUGUCCACUAAUCACAAAAAGGAAGUAAACGCUUGCAACAACUGCAUGUUCAUCCAGCUGGCUGCAACGCUAAAGGAAUGGGGCCUUGCAACUGCUCAAUCGACACCUGGACACAGCCUGCCCAAGUCUUCGUGCUCUUACGUCCAAUGUCUAUGUCCAAUGGUCUACUGUCCUUUGAUGCCACAUCGGCUGUACAGGACUCAACUGAUUGAUUGGGGCGAAAUAUGCAAAAGGCACUAUCUUUUGCAAACCAAGAUACCCACCAGGAAAUAAACGAAACACCCAGUCCGAAUUUGCUGCCAUGAAGGCAUCUUAGUGCAUUCAUUAUUAUACAUCCAACUUGUCAUGAUCACCACACCAAUUUAUGCCUCAAAUGGGCAGCUUCUUCUCGUAUCGUUAGCUUGGCAGAGAGCCAUACUACCAGACGUCCUUCUGGAU